AUGACAACCGAAACUCCCUCUUCACCGCCACUUUCUACUCCUCCUCCAUCUCCUCCAUUCCCGCGUUUUCCACAGACUGUGGCGUCAUAUAUAUGGAUAGACUCUAUAUGUAUCAACGUUCGGAGUAAUAUUUGCGUACACGACAUAUGUCUCCGCCCUCUCUCUUCAGAAAGCAUUAUACGCCGUUGUUCCGGUAAUAAUUGUACGAACAGCUUUCUCCUUCUUCGCAUGUCACUCAAUGAUUCCAAGAUAGAGUGGCCAGAAUGCCAUAUCGCUCAAUGUUUACUACACAAGCCAGACUGGACAAAAGUAUCCAAACUUGCUAGUCAAGUAUUCGAAGAUGCCAAAAUAAAAUCUUUUUUUGCCAAGUUAAGAAGUAACGUUGAAGCCAAGUGGUCAAAGUAUGCUGAGAAAUUUGUACACGUUAAUCCCGGUCUACAACGACGACGGCAACAAAAUCAAUCACAAAUUCAGAAGGUUAAAAGGCAGAGAUCGAGUAAAGUGAAGGUGGUUAAUGAAAUUAAUGAAAAUAGUGAAGAUGAUAUGAAAAGGGCCAAUGAACUUAUGAAAAGGAUUAACUCCGAAAGCAAAACUAACAAGGUUGAUGAAGGAGUUGCAGCUGCGAGAUAUAAUAAAAAUCAAGACAAACUGCACCAGCAGGAUAAGCAGCUUCAGCAACUUUACCGGCCAUAUCCACACCAGUCUAAUUUUCAAUUGCAUGGUAUAAAUGAAAAUAAUACUUUUAAUAACAAUGCAUUUCAAGACAAUACUCGGACUAGGAUAUUAUCCAGUGCUGAUGUAUCGGGUAUUUGGUCACCUCGACCUUUUCAUGAAUUAUCCUACGUUGUUCAUAGACCACCACUAUAUCAACCAUCAAACUCACACUAUGGACAUGUUACUUCACCAAUAAGACCACCUGCACAGAUUUUGGACAAUCGGACAACAACUUAUGAACAAAUAUUACUACCAACGCUUCCUUCUUUUUAUCAUCCAAUCAAUUUCGUGACAGGUUUACGACACACUAUCUAA